AUAAACAAAGAGCGUCUAUUGUCGUUCAUAUUAUGUAUAGCGGUAUUAGGAGUUUGUUUAUUUGCUAGUACUGAUUACGUACUAGCAAAUUAUAUGAAUUUUAAAACGAAAUCAGAACAUUUGUCGGAAGGGAAUAAUGGGAAUGAGAAACACAAAUCGCUCGAUCUUUUUGUAAUUUUUUAAUUAAAAUGUUUAGAUUGCCUAUACGUAAACAAACUUCAGCUUCUGGAUGUGCUACGAUUUUGAAAAUAUCCUUUGGAUGUUUUAUAUUUACUAAUCUUUUAUUGUUUUAUUAUCUAGUGGAUCAUUAUCAAAGGCCGGAUUGUCUGCGAACGGGCACUUGUCGUGCAAAUAAUAAACCCAGAACGUUACCCCGUGAGCAAUGGGGACAAACAAUUUAUUUUAAUAUUUUAUAUGAACAUUUUACUCGUGAAAAUAAUGAAUGGCGACUUAUAAAAGCUUCCAGUUCUAAUAGCACAAAAUAUGAUAACGAGCUAAAUUGUUCUUCCUUGAGAAAAUUUGAAAAAGUAAGAUUUGUAGCGGCUGGAUAUACGAAAUCAACGUACAAAGUUAGACUAAACAAUAGAACACUUUCAUUAAAAACUGUUAAUAUAGAAGGACAUGAUAUGAGCAUAUGUUUGCAUCAACAAGAUCGAUAUUUGUACGACUGUUUUCUCUUAGCAGCAUCUAAACUGUUAAAGGAAAUAGCAAUAUUAAAGAAUAUUGAACAUUCAAAUAUUGUGAAGAUUUUAGGUUACUGUAUUCCUGCUGAUCCUGAUAUAUCAGAUCCGCGUCAUACAGUUGCUAUAUUUGAAGAAUAUGGUGAACCCAUCGAUGUCAUCAAACUCCUUCAGUUAUCAUGGGAAGAUAGGCUUAGAAUAAGCUUAGGAUUAUCAAGGCUUCUGAAACAUUUGUCUUCCUUUAAAGAACCCAUAGCUUUAAAUGAUUUUCGAAGACAACAGUUUAUUGUUAUAGAUGGUGAACCAAAACUGAUUGAUGUUGAUGAUAUUGGGUUGCAAGAACAAAGAUGCCAUGAUAAACCUUGCUGCUUAAUUCCACCUUCAUCCAAUAUUUCCAUUUGUGUACCAUGUGUAGAUCAAGUAUGUCAUGGAUUCAAUGAAAAAGUAAACAUAAUCAGAACUGGAAGACAUUUUAUAAAGCAUAUUCUUCCUCAUGGUGCACCUGCACCUUUGAAUUCAAUUGCUGACAAAAUAACAUCUGCUUUUCAAUUAGCUUCAUUAGAUACAAAUAGCAUUUGGAAAAAAAUGGAAGAUUUGGCAGUAAUUUAUAAAAGUGGCCAAUACAGAAACAUUUCAAAAAUUCGUUAUCUAACAGCGUACAAAGCUUACUAUCACAGGGAUGUAUCAGCUAAAUUUGAUUAUAGAUGCCAAUUAACUGUAUCAGGGUAUGGAUGCAUGACAUCUGUUCUUGAUGCUGAGGAGGCUGCUGAAAUUUGCUGGAAUGAUUCAAAAUGCAAAGCUUUUAUAUUUACUGAUAUCAAAACAUGGACAGGUAGGAGAAUUGCAAAGUUUAAAAGUGGAUUUGGGAAUCUCUUGCAUAACAACAAAACCACAUUGUUUUUAAAAUUGUAGUGUACAUAAAGUGGAAUUACAAAACAAUUUUGUUUUUAAAACUGUAGUGUUUAUAAAUGUGUAUUAAAUAAAUAACAUAUAUUUUUUUA